AUGUCAACGACUCGGAGCCCAAAGGUCGGCCUUCGAGACCACAGGGUCUCAAGCACGGAGAGGAAGCCCUACGACGCCAGGGAGAGCAGCCGUCAGGCAAUUGAAGAUGAGCUAAAGCUAUGUGGAUACAAGCGGGAUGCUGAUGUCUUUGAGCUGUUCCUUUGUCAAAAAGAACUCACAGAUGUAAUUGAUCUUUCUAGGUUUAAAAAGCUAAAAUAUUUAUGGCUUCAUCAUAACAAGCUCCAAGGAAUAUCAUUUCUAACUAGAAACUAUUGUCUGACAGAACUCUAUUUAAACAACAAUGCAAUAUUUGAAAUAACAGGUUUGCACAAUUUGCGUUCUUUGUAUAUCCUCCUGCUGCACCACAAUGAACUAACAAACCUUGAUGCAACUGUGAAGGAAAUGAAAGGACUGAUAAAUCUGAAGUUCUUAAAUCUCUUUCGAAACCCUCUGUGCCAAUAUAAUCAGUAUCGUUUAUAUAUAAUCUACCACCUUCCAAGAGUGGAUUAUCUUGACGGAAAUAGAGUUACAAGAAAAGAAAGAAGAGAAGCAAUUACCAUUUUUAACCAUGAAAAAACACAUAUCCUUCAAUCAAUCGCAUUUGGAGGAAGAGUUGAUGCUUCAUGGAAUCGUAUGUCAUUAUUCAAACAAAAAACAUACGCAAGAUUACCUUUUGAUUUCAGGUUUGGCAAUAAUGUAGACAAGACUGUGUUUGACAACCCAGAAGAUGCUGUUUUUGUGAGAUCUUUGAAGAGAUCCGUGAUGACUAUCACGUCUCUGAACUGGAACACAGUCCCAACCCGAGAUGAAAAAUAUCUUGAAGGGAAAGGCACCGAACCUGCUGAAAGGCUCACCGUCACACUGAGAUAA